UCUUGAAGAUUCUGGCGAACUUUUUGACUCAACUUCGGGUAGUGGUGAAGAAUACAUUCCUGAUUCUGCUGAGGAAAGCGAUAUUGGGAGUGAGGAAUUAGAUAUCCAUCCCCAUGAUUCCCAGGAAGAUUUGAUUAGCAAGUUUUCAUCUUCAGAAACUGUUGUGGAAUCUGAAAGUACAUCUGUCAAGUUUGUUGCAGACAGUUCUGGCAAUGAAUCAUGCUCUGUAGUUGUUGGUGCAUACCAAAAGAAGGGAGGAAAAAGGGUCUACGACAAAAAGCAUUACUGUCUGUACUGCUGCAAACCAUUUUCCAAAAUGGCAAGACAUCUGCAGCAAGUACAUGAAGAUAAAAUGGAAGUGGCUAAAGCACUCAGCUUUCCAAAGGGUUCCAAGGAGAGAAAACAACAUCUAGAUUUCAUCCGGAAUAAAGGAAACUAUGCUCACAAUGCCAAUGUGAUGCAAUCAGGAAGUGGAUUGUUGGUGCCAUUCAAGCGACCAAAGGAAGAAAUGAAGAGUGGAGACUUCAUGCACUGUGCAUAUUGCCAAGGUCUUUUUACAAGAAAAGUACUAUGGCGCCACAUGCGGAGUUGUGCUCUUAGACCAGAAUCAGCCUGUGUAAAACCAGGAAAAAAUCGUGUGCAAUCCUUCUGUACUUAUGUUGGUGGCAUACCUUCCAACAUUGGCAAAACGUUGUGGGAAAUAAUCAGUGCAAUUAAUCCUGGUCCAAUUACAGAUAUUGUCAAGAAUGACUCUGUAAUUACUGAGUUGGGGCAACAUUUGCUGAACAAGGGUGGUACUUCAGUUAGGAAUCAACUAUGUGUACGUGAAAAGAUGAGAGAAUUGGGAAAUUUGAUGUACAAUGCCAGGAAAUGCACAACGUUAAAAAAAAUGGAAGAACUCAUAGAUCCAAAAAACUACAUGGAGACUGUGAGAGCAGUCCAAUUGACAUGUGGAUUUGAUAGUGAAAGAAUCAUGUUCAAGAUCCCAUCACUGGCUAACAAACUUGGAAAUUCUUUAGUUAAAAUUAGCGAACUCCUAAAGGCACAGGGUUUGAUCUCGAACAACUCAGAACUUGUGAGAAAGGCCAGUGGGUUUCACGAUGUCCAUCAGGAGAAAUGGAAUGAGUUAAUCUGCGCUACUGCCCUAAGAAACAUCAGAGGAUCUAAGUGGAAUGUACCAACUCUCAUGCCCUUUACUGAAGAUGUCCAAAAACUGCAUGCACAUCUGAAUCAAAUCCAAGAUGAAUGCUGCUGUUCGCUCUCUGAAAGUCCCUCUACAGAAGCUUGGAUCAGGUUGACAAAGUCAUUGCUGGCCCAGAUUAUUCUGUUUAACCGACGUAGAGAAAGAGAAGUUUCUAGCAUGCCUUUGGAGGCCUUUUUAUCAAGAGGUACGUCUCACCAUCACCAAGAUGUUGACUGGGCACUCACUGAAGUGGAAAAAAAACUCUGCCAGCACUUCUCAAGGAUUGUCACCAGAAGAAAACGAGGGCGGCCAGUUCCGAUUCUGCUAACUCCUAAAAUGCUCUCUGCUUUAGAACUUCUCGUUAAACUGAGAGAAGCCUGUGGCGUUUUAAAAGACAACUUGUAUUUGUUUGCAAGACCAGAAUCCAUGACACAUUUCCGAGGUUCAGACUGCCUCCGUGACUUUGCAAGAGCCUGUGGUGCCAAGUGUCCGAGGUCGCUGACAUCUACCAAACUCCGAAAACAUGCUGCAACCCUUUCAACUGUCUUGAAUAUGACUAAUACAGAAAUGGAUCAACUGGCAACCUUUCUGGGGCAUGACAUUCGUAUUCAUCGUGAGUACUACAAGCUUCCAGAGAAGACCCUACAACUUGCCAAGAUCAGCAAAGUUUUGAUGGCCUUAGAAAAUGGAAGAUUGGCAGAGUUUCAUGGCAAGAACUUGGAUGAAAUUCAGAUAGACCCGGAUGAAAACAUAAACUCUGAUGACACCAAUGAUGACAACAAUGAUGACAACAAUGCUGUGGAUGAGGAAAUCUCUUCUGCUAUUGAACCAUCAGAAGUGGAAACCCUUCCUCAAAAUAGAAAUGAAAUGACACCACCAUCAUCCAAGAAAUGUAAACCACCACCAUCAUCCCCAACAGAUGAUGAUCAAGAGGAGAUACCAUUGAAAGGCAGCACCACAAGACCUUGCUCGAAAGGCAGAAGACCUGCAAAGAAAACACCGUGGACUGAAGACGAAGUUCAUGCCGUCGAGAAACACCUGGGUGCUUUUAUAAAAUCUUUCACGGUGCCAGGAAAAAAUCACUGUGAAAAAUGCUUAAAGGCAGAACCAGUGGCUUUAAAAAAUCGAACAUGGCAAAAUGUGAAAUUUUUCAUUCAUAACCGCAUUACAACUAACAGGAAGAAGCUUCAGCGUAAUUAAAUAGGCUUGUUUUAUAUAUGUAGUAUUUCUUUUUCAAUUAAAGUUCCAAAUAUUUGUUCAAUGUGUCUUUUACAUACUGCUUCAGUGUUAAUUUAGAAGAAGCACUGUUUGUCUUUUCAUUGUUUUGUUUAUUUGA